AUGAAACCAUCUAAACUGCAAGAUCAUCUGAGAAGAUGCCACCCCGAUAAAACAGAGAAAGAUUUGAAAUACUUUCAAACACUCAAAGAUAAAUUUCAGAAGAGACCUACACUGGACAGAAUGUUCGCUUCGACGUCACAAAGAAAUGAUGAUGGUUUGCGGGCGUCUUACAAUAUCUCGUUACUUAUAGCAAAAUCCGGAAAACCGCAUACUAUCGGAGACUAA